CGUGUGAAAAUCAAUCUAUAAUUUUCGUAUUGUCAUAUUUAUUUCCUGGGCAAUUGUUAUAAAAAUAAAGCCCAUUUAAGAACGGGCACAAUCGAGAGAAAAAACCUGCAGAUACAUCAUAUGUAUAAGUAAAAGAGGAAGAAGAUAUCGCGUCGAAGUUCGUGUGACGUCGACUUCAAUGCUUCUGAGUCGGCCUUGAUACUGCAGCGGUGUGUUGAUGUAUCCGAUCUGUACGAAGCAUCAGAGUCUUAUGUUAAAAGAGAAAUCCACUAAUUUUAUAAUAUUUGUAGUGACUGAUUUCAAGUAUAGAUUUAGUAUAUUUUCAAGUCCUCUAUUGAAAUUCUUACAAAUUAAAAUUUUGGAAAUUUGGAAUAUGAAAUAAAAUUAUGUAAAUGAUAUCUGGGAUGAAUCAUUUAAUUUUGGUAAAURAUAUUGAACAAAUUGUGGUAAUUUUUUUGGAGAAACUAAUAUCAUGCAAUAGAGGAACAUGUAAGAGUCGUUCUCGUAAUAAUGUGCGCAGUAUAACACUGCUCGAUCGCAUUGUAUCAUGUAAAAUGGCAAAUUUUCAACGUUCUUCCUUUUGUUUUUAUUUAUUAAUGGAAGUACAUAACUUGCUUUUGGCUGGUGACAAAUGUUCACUAAGAGAACUUUUUUACAAAGAUCCGGCCAAUAAUUGCAAAACUAUCAAUAUUUGUAACAGUUUAAAAGAUGUCUGUGUACUUUUACGGUCAACACCAUGGAAUUUGGGCAUCUCCGCAUCUGGAAAGGGGUUAAUUGCAGGUUCAAUACGUAUGCUUAUGAUAAAUGGUGACAUGAUCGACUGUUACACCCAAACCGGCGCUGUUUUACUACCUCAAGAUCAUAAUGCUAUCAAUUAUUUGGAAACAAGUGCAUCAUUUGUACUAAUUGUCGAAAAAGAUACCAUAUUUUCUAAAUUCAUAUCACAGAAAAUAUUUGAAACUAUUGGAAAAGAUAUAAUUUUGAUUACUGGAAAAGGUUAUCCCGAUUUAUGUACGCGUCACAUUGUACAUCGCCUUUCCUUUGAGCAUAAGCUUCCAAUCUAUGCACUUUGUGAUGCCGAUCCAUUUGGUAUCGAUAUCUUAUUAAUCUAUCAAUAUGGAUCGCGAAAAAUGCCGUAUGAYAUUUCAAAAAAUUUAAUAUGCCCCAAAAUGCAAUGGUUAGGCAUUCAUCCAAGUGAACUGUAUAUGUUUAAUUUUUCAAGCGCGUCACUAAACAAGUUCGAUAAUCGUAAACUUGAAAAUAUAUUGCGUUAUAAUUAUUUAAAACCUGCCAUACGUGCAGAAUUGCAAAUAAUGCAACUUUUACAAAGGAAAGUCCAUAUCGAYGAAUUACAUUGCAUUGCACAAAAAUUUCUCAUUAAUGAUUACUUACCGAAUAAGAUAAAACGUAAUCUUGUCAUUUGAGUGAAUAUCGAAUAAGAACUAAGUUCAUAACAACAGUAUAAUGUUGAAAGUAAAUCAAUAAAUAUUUGUUUUUAUUAUCUUCCAUGUAUAAGUUUUAUUGAAAUCUUUAGAGCUACAGUGGGUCGCCAGUACAAAAAAAAAUAGGUUGUCAGAUUUACUUCAAAUUUGCAUUGAAUACUUCUAAGAUUUUGUGUCUUAAGAAAUUACAAGAAAAAAAUCAUUUCAGAAAUCUGCCUACCCCUAACCCCUUAAGGUAGGCUUUGUUUGUAGUGUGCGUUGACCUUUGUGUUCUAAUUUGAUUUAAAAUAUUGGUAUUUGUUUUUGKAGUUAACAAAUGUAAAUCCUAAGAUUUGAUAUAAAUUCACCAUAAAUGAACUCUACAUAUGUGAAUUACCCUUAAAUCGAUUAUUGCGUGCGACUAACCCUGAAUACAACAUAAAAUAAACAUGAUAUUACUUUGGUAAAUUCUCCUCCACAACGAAAAUGCAACUCGGUUGACAAAAUGUACAAUUUCACUAAUUCGUUGUAUUUAAACACACCUUAGCCACAAUUGAAAAAGCAUUUUAAYUCCGCGAAAACAAAUCUGAAAAAAAUUUUAACAUGUAUAUUGUAAUUACUGUUUCUCAUACAUUUAUUUAU